CCGUUUUCGGUCUUAGACGCGUAUAAAACGGGGUGUCACUUCGACUUGUGUUCACUAAUUGUUACUUUUAUGCAUGCAAAAUGCGUGCCAACAGAUUCAAUCAAAUGGGUACAAAGCAGCCGAAAAAGGGCAAAUGUCCGGGUACGUUGGACAAUUGGCUGGACAAUUUGGGGUACUACAGAAAGAACGUGGCGUACGACGAAACGUGUUUAUUUAGGGCGGUCAGCGAACAGUUGUUCGACUGUCAGGUAUACCAUGAGAGGGUGAGGAAGGAGUGCUUGAUUUAUGCCAGGGAAAACUACCAUGAGUUUCAGUUUAUGAAUAUUGACGAGGGUAACUGGUACAAACACUUGGAUAAGUUAGAAAAGCACAUGGUAAUCUGUGGCAAUAUUGAAAUACAAAUUAUUUCAAGAAAAUAUAAUCGAGAUGUUCUCAUCUUUGAUGCCCUUCAGCAUGAUAUUAUGGAGGUCACAAAUUUGGGUUCAUCAAAUCCAUUGCUUUUGUGUGCCAUGGAUGAUGAUCACUAUGAUGUAAUUUACCAUAAAGAACACAUUCUGACAGCUGGCUUUUGUCAAUCGAUUGUGUACAAAAUUCUGUAUGAAGAAGUGUUCAACAUUUCUCACGUGGACGAAAUAGUUAACUCGAUGCUGUAUGAAAAAACCGCCGUAGUCAUGCAAUCUGAAAUUAAAAAGGAGCCGAAAUCGGACCUCAAUUCGGAAGAAAGCAUCGAGGUCAUCCAAGAAGUCAUUCCGGCCAAUACCGCCCCCUUUCCCUUCAAGGUGGCCAAAGCUUUGGACCCGACCAUUUACCGAAACAUCGAGUACGAUUCUUGGGGCGAAGUUCGUCGGGAGUUGAGAUUGGGAGACUGGUACUACGGAGACGACAAGCUGAUCCUGGGUACAAGAUGCGUCUUUAAAGACCGCCACACAAGCGAGAAUUAUGAGUGUUAUAUUCAAGAAAUAAUCAAGGAAAAAAAUAUGUGCGUGGUGUACGUAAUAAAACUGGCUGAGAAACGGACGGUCAGAUAUUCGGAUCUGUCGCCUGAGGAUGAUGCCAAACCGUGGCCACUACCUUACAGGUUCUCUAAGAACUUGGUGAUCACUCCGUCGCCUCCACCCAUGCCGGAGAAGCAAACUAAAAACGCCAAAAGGCGUAACAAGGACAAGCGUCGCACCAAAAGCUGCAGCGAGAGCAGCACGCCUGUCCCCACCUCUGAAGCGCCCGAGAACGUCAGCGCCUUCGUAGGCAUUCCUCUACAAAUGCAACCGUCGACGAGCUCUUCCAAUUAUCGUAUACAGAACGACACAAACAUCACAACCACCGCGACCAGCACCACCACAGCGGAAGUGCACCAGGAACCGAUUAAUUCUAGCCAAACUCCUCCGGAAAUACCCGAAGCUACGACGUCGUUCGAUUCCAUGAACAAGGUGCAUUGGAACCAACAACAAUGGCAUCCCUAUUUAACGCCAACACCGGACCCAUUCAUUUGGCCUCAGACGCCCACCACACCCCACAACGUGUUCAAUUUCUCCGUCAAACCGAUGGUUGCUUCGGCUCCUGUCACCCCAGACGUCAUGUCAUAUUACGAUCCGAAUUUUGCCUACUACUACAACUACCACCCCUUUGACAUGUCAAACCACAACCCUUUCAGCGUAUGGCCGAUGCCAGACACUCCGGUUCCGCCACCCGAGCCGUACCCGAAACAGGACGAACCCAAGCAAUCAAAGGACUAUCACCACAACGACAACCAGGCGGACCACCAACCGGAACCGUCCCACCACCCCGAACGUCCGACACUGAACACCUCGCUAACCACCUCGACCCACCACAUGGACAUGUACUCUCCGAUGAUUCAGAUGGCUCCGGGCACUCCGGUGAUAUACACCGCCCCGCCGCCGCAGGCCUCCGACAUGACCGACUUGAUGAUGCCGUCUACGCCGAUAUUGUAUCCGCCGCCGCCGCCGCCGCCGCCCAUGGAUAUGCAGUAUGUGACGCCCGGGCAAUACGUGUAUCCGCCCACGCCGCCGACCACUUGGUAUCCCGCGCAGAUUAACUCGCAGGGUUUCGUUUUUCCUACCACUCCGAUUAGCAAUGCAUCAGCAGUGCAAAAGUAAUAGGGAAAGGUAGAUUUUUCGUCAGGAUGCUCAAGUCUAAGUUUAUAUAUUUUGUUUAUUGAUUAUUAAGUAUUAUUCUAUACAAUCUUUAUUCUUGUUGUUAGAUUUCUAGAAUAUAUAUUUUAUUUUUUUAGAAAAUUUGAUUUAUUUGUUAUUUAAUAUGACAAUUUGUUGUUUUAUAUCUAUUUUGUUUGUUGUUGAAAAUUUUGUUUAUAUUGUGAAUCUGCAGAAUAUUAUUUACCAUUAUGAUGGAUAUUAAGUUUUUGACUUAUAGUUUAUUGUGAAUUUUAACAUUUUUUGUCAAACAUGUUGUGUAAACUAAAUUACUUCUAUGUAAUUUACAUUUGUUUUGUAUAUGUGUUAUCAGAAUUUAUCUUUAUUUUCGUGUUACUACUUUUAUAAUA